GAGCGCCGGCCCGGGAUUAGGCCCAAGGGCUCCGUGACCUGGACAGUGAGCCGAGUUUGCUUUCCAGAUAAUGAGAUUAUAAACAGCCACUUGUGUUGGGGAGGUGGGUGAGAUCACACACAGGGACCGACUUCCUGGUGAGCCGAAGGCCAGAGUCUAAAGUCACAGCUCCGAGGCUCGCCGGCUCUGGGCAGCAGCCGCGUCGGGAGCCCUCAGCCUGCCCCCGGGCUCUCCGGGAGCUUCGGGCAGCGAGCUCCCCUCGGGCCCCCCGGGACGGCUGGGUGCUGCGUUGGGGACCGAAGGGUCUGCGUCCCUCCCUCCCUCCCAGGCUGGCCCUCGUGGGGCCCCGAGUCGCUUCUCCCCUCCCGGCUCGACCCCCUCGCUCGGGUCCCCUUCCCUGGCCGAGGUCCACUGAGGCCACCGGUUUUACGAGUGGGCGCUGAUAAGGCUCCACGCAGGGCAGAUUAAACAUUAAAUGCAGCCGCGGCUGCCAGCGUGAGUCCCCGGGCCGGGCCCCAGAGCGUCUGCUGCCGCGGGGCCCGGAGCACAGAGACCAUGGCUGCCGACUUUGCCCAGGUGCUGGCGGAGAUCGGGGGCUUCGGGCCCUUCCAGGUCCGGCUGCUCGUGCUGCUCUCCAUCCCCAACUUCCUGUCGGCCUACUACAUGUUCGCGCAGGUCUUCAUGGUGCUGGACGAGCCCCACCACUGCGCCCCUCCUCGCUGGGUGCAGAACUUGGGGCCCAACCUGACCGCCGAGGAGACGCGGAACCUCAGCCUGCCCCGCACCGAGGCCGGGGACUGGGAGUCCUGCCUCACGUACGCGCCGCCCCCCGAAGGCUGGAGCCUCGAGGACAUCUACCGCUACGGCCUCAACGACACCCAGCCCUGCCAGGGGGGCUGGGAGUACCCGGAGAAGCGCCCACUGUCGCUGGAGAACGAGUUUGACCUGGUCUGUGACCGCGAGUAUGAAAAGGAGACCUCCCAGUCCGUGUACAUGGCUGGACUUCUGGUUGGGGCAAUGAUCUUCGGCCCUCUCUGUGACAGGAUUGGCCGCAGGCCCACCAUCCUCAUCUUGUUGCUCCUCCAUGCUGUGUUCGGCAUCGGGACGGCCUUCGUCCCUGACUUCUACUUCUACAUGGCUCUCCGGUUCGCCGUGGCCUCCGCGGUGGCCGGCUACGCCAUCAGCAACGUCACCUUGACCACAGAGUGGGUCAGUGCUUCCAAGCGGACCCUGGCCGUGGUCCUCUCCCAGUGUUGCUUCUCAUUGGGCCAGAUAGCCUUGGCCGGCCUGGCCUAUGGAAUCCGCAACUGGAGGCUGUUCCAGAUUGUGGGCACCUCCCCCAUCUUAUUGCUGUUCUUCUAUUGGUGGGUGCUUCCAGAAUCUGCCAGGUGGCUCCUGACUCAGGGGAGAGUGGAGGAAGCCAAGGAGCUGGUCCAGAAAGCAGCCUCGAUAAAUAAGCGCAGCGUGUCUCCCGAGACCCUCGGCCAGCUAACUCCGGAGAAGACGGCACCCAAGGGAAACGCUCUGGACUUGUUCCGGCACCCUCAGCUCCGGAAAGUGACGCUCAUCCUCUUCUGUGUCUGGUUUGUGGACAGCCUCGGCUACUACGGCCUGAGCCUCAACGUGGGAGGCUUCGGCCUGGACAUCUACCUGACCCAGCUGAUCUUCGGGGUCGUGGAGGUGCCCGCGCGCAUGUCCAGCACCUUCAUGAUGCAAAAGUUUGGCAGGAGGAUUAGCCUGAUGGGGACCCUGAUCACGGGGGGUCUCAUGUGCCUCAUCAUCAUCUUCAUUCCCUCAAAUUAUCCCACUGUGACCACGGUGCUGGCCGUGGUGGGGAAGUUUGCCACGUCUGCGGGCUUCACCAUCUCCUACGUGUACUCUGCAGAGCUCUUCCCCACCAUCAUCAGGCAGACAGGAAUGGGGCUGGUGGCCAUCUUCUCUCGGAUCGCGGGCAUCCUCACGCCCCUGGUGAGCCUCCUGGGGGUCUACCAUCCCUCCAUCCCCAUGGCCAUCUAUGGCUCUCUACCAGUCCUGGUUGGGAUCCUCUCUGUCAUGCUUCCUGAAACUAAAGGAAAGACCCUAAAGGAUAAUAUAAAUGACAUGGAGUCAGCACCGCCAAAAGGGCCUCAGAAUCCAGAGCCUGAUUCCUCUGAGAAAGAAGUGGCGGCCCAGGAGAACGGCGCCGUGGGCCCUCCCAACAUCACCCGCUUCUGAGGAGCUGUGGGGUUCCACUGGCAGGCCGACGUGCCCCUCUCUUCCCUCUGUAGGGACGUUUGGGCUUCUCUUGCUCCAAACGGGAAGCGGCUACCACUUUCUCGGUGAAAGAGCUGCCCUUCCCAGCCCUGCUUCUGCAGCAUCUACAGCCAAGGGCUCCCAGCCUUCUCUUCCCUCAGAUCCAGGAGCAGAAAUCCCAUGCAUCCUUAGGAAUUCCUCCUGGCUACUCCUUCCCCGGACCCUUCACGCCCACCUCCCCUCCCUCGGCCUUCCUCGGUGCCUGGGAUGCACUCGCUCCUCCCCUUUGCUCAGAGCCCCCCGCUUCCUUCCAGGCACGGCUCAGUUCCAAUGCAGGAAGCUUUCUAUUAGCCUUUUCUGAUCUCCCCAGAACUUUGGAUCCUGCUUCCGUGUUAGGCUCUUCCCCCUGAUAAAAACAGGACCUUCUGGAGGUUUGUACCGUUAGGGUCCAGCACCGCACCUUGAAUAUAGUAAGUGCUUGAAUUUAAUUUACUAUUACUAGGAGCUAUUUAAUAGCAGGGCAAAGAUUUCCCGAAGCCUUGACUCUGCCUGAGACUGGCGGGACGAUGAUCCCGGACGAUCCCAAAGGACCGAUGAGGAAGCAGGUCAUCCGCCUCCAGAGAAAGAACUGAUGCUGACUAAUGCAGACUGGAGCGGGCUAUUUUUCUAUUUCUUUUUUUUUUUUUUUCUUUUUCUUUUCUUCUAUUCUGGCUUCCUUCUUUAAAAUGCCUAACACGGCUGUUUUACAUAAUUACACGUGGAUACCCUAUAUCUACACCUACCGUGCUUACUGUCUGCAGGAUGUGGCUGGGGAGGCAGGGACUUCCUUUAAAUAAAAAUGUUUUAAAAAAUACCAUCAAGAAUUCCCAUCAUAGACUCAUCAAGCACAGAGCGUACAAGUCAAAAGGGACCUUCGAUAUCACCCGAUCUAAGCCGCUAAUUUUAGCGAAGAGAAAACUGCAGACCAAAGAGAGGAGCUGCUUAAGGUCAUGUAGUAAGAAAAGAUGGAGGAUUUGAACCCAAGCCCUCUGCUCAAGGCAGAAGAUAGCCCAACAAUAUUAGGGUCACCGGAUCGGGUCUACAUCAUCUUUGUAUUCAAAAGCAUCCUUGAUCUGAAAAGUCAUGUCAAAGGAACUGAUGGAGACUAGAGCUGUGUGCUGGGGAAUAUUUAUUUAGAUAGCCUGGGGAGAUCCUUUUUUUUUUUUUUUCCUGAGGCAAUUGGGGUUAAGUGACUUGUCCAGGGUCACAUAUAAAGUAUUAAGAGUCCAGAUUUGAACUUAAGUCCUCCUGACUUCAAGGCUUGUACUGUAUCCACUGCGCCACCAAGCUGCCCCCGGAGAUCCAUUCUUUCUCUUACUCUUAGAACCUUCCAAUAAUGGAAACUCCUUGAAGGCAGGAACUUAUUUGUACUCUUUUCUGUCACUAUUACUCCACACGAUGCCUGACACACCGGUGCUCCUUGAUUAAAGUUUGUUGAAGCAGAAAUUUGUCUUAUUUCCCACCCCAUUCCCAGGACAGGAACUGAGUCCUCCGAACUGAUUCGAUGCACUAACCAGAGGGGAGGCUAGGACACGGGGCUAGCUGCUUUUUAAGAUUCACAGGAUUUUUAGGAUACAGAUUGGAGCAUGCUAUUUUUCAAUUUCUUUUUUUUUUCUUUUUAUUCUAGCUUUCUUCUUCAAAAUGCCUAACAUGGCAGUGUUUUACUUUAGGAUCUUCUUGUUAGGGAUUUUGGCAUAUUCAGUGUGACAAAUGGAUGGACAUUUAUUUGGUUUCCACUGCUGUGAAAAUUAAAUUGGAGAAAUGAAACUUAAAUUAAAAAAUUGAAACCCACAAGGACAUCAAAGAAUAAUCGAGGGUGAAAGUUAUGUUCCCCCAAAAGAAAGUAAGAAUUUAUGCUCCUUGAAGGCCGGGACUGGGUUUUAUAAUCAGGGGCCUGAGAUUUGAAAAGAAUCUUGUUCUUUACCCCUAAUACUCUAGUUAUUUUCCCCUCUUAUAGAAUGUAAGCUCCUUGGGGGCAGAGACUGGGUAUUUAAUGAGGGGCAGAGAUUCAAGUCUCAUAACCUCUGUAAUCCCCAAUUAAUGGGGAAUCGGGGAAGGGACUUGUGCUUCAGGACAGGAAAUGUAAUCUUGCCCUUUAGAGUUUCAAAGGUGUCUACUAACCCAGGCACCCAUUCUUACAAGAAUGUAAAAUAAAUCUUUCCUGCAUUCA